AUGGCCAAUAAAAUUACCAUUAAAAAUGUAAAAGAGCUAUUGGGGCCGGAUUAUGUUGAUGAAUUAAUUGAUAAAUUUGAUAUUAAAACAUCCAAAUCAUUCACAACUCGAGAUGCGAAUUUUAUAUCUAAAUCAAUAGUUAUAAUCAUUAAACACUACUUUUACGAAAAAAAAACAUUCAUUUCUAACAAAUUUGUGUCUCUUAAUAUUGAAAAAACGACGGUUGAAACGGAUUCUGAUAAUUCCGAUAACUGCAUAACCAUUCCACAACACAACGGUUUAGAUACUAUUAAUAAUCAAAAUAAAUCAAAUGAAUUGCCUAAUUCUAUUGAUAUAAAUAAAUUAAAAGUUAUUCUAAAUCGCAUUUCUGGUGUUGGAAGCCCACGCAAACUAUAUUCCUAUUUUAUAUCACUAAUAAAUGGGGAAAUAAAUAACAGUAUUAAAUACAUAUUAUUAUUACCAUUAGCUAAAUGCUUAAGAAGAAUUGAACUAAGAAGGAGUCCAUUAAUUGCAAACAUUUUAGCAUCAUUGCAUACGCUGGUAAAUGAAGGAAUCACAUCUAUAAUUGAAAUAAACUAUUAUUUAUCAUUCAUUGACCAAAUUUGGGAUGAACCAAUAUCAGAUGAUAUUCACGGCGUGGCUAAUAGUUGUUUAAAGUCAUUUUCUGUGCAAUUGAAUGAAAAAUUGUUUUACAAAAUUUACCAAGAAAACGAUUUAACGUUUGUAAAUAGUGUUAAAAGGUUAUGUCACAGGUACAUUAAAAAUGAAGGUGAUGUAUUGGAGUGGUUUAUCAGCUUGAAAACAAUUCCUAACGCGUGUUUUAGAGGCCCAUUAGAGUCUAAUAGUAACCAAGAAUCUAUACUAUCGUUUACCAUGUUAGAUAACAGUUAUUUGUCAAGUUCUAUAAGUCAUACAAGUAAUACCAAUGAAGAAUCUACAAGCGAAGUGAUAUUGCCCCUAGUUUAUUCACACAAAUCUAGAGGUAUAAUGGCAAUGCAUUCUGCACUAGCAAUUAUUAAAUCUUGCACAAAUAUCAACGAUUUAUUGUAUAAAAAAUGUAUAUUGAAAUUAAUAUCAUGGGCAAACGAUGAAUUUAAAUUUUGUGAUUACAAAAUAACAAGUCUAAAAGGAACAUCUUGGCAACCAAUUGAAAUAAGUGACACUUUAAUACUAUGGAAUGAAAAGGAAUUGUUGUCCGCCAUUAACGACAUGAUAAACGGUAAAACUGCCCAAGAAUGA